UACUGUUAACGGAACAGUGUUUUUAAUGUUUAUCAUGGCUGGAUCAAAUCUAUUAGUUUGACUAAACUAUCUGAGAUCAAGGCUGCAGUCGAAGAUCAUAGAAUAUAUUCAUUUACAUUGACAGAAGUGUACGGGGUGUGAAAUAACCCAGUAUGUCUCGUGAGCAAAAAGCAGUAGAGCAUGCCAGGAAGGCCUUCCUCACAGGUCGGACCAAAUCACUUGAGUACAGAAUUACCCAGCUGAAGAACCUGCUGCGUUUUGUCAAAGAAAGACAGAAGGCAAUCGCUGAAAGUCUCAAAAAGGAUCUCAGUAAGAGUGAGUUUGGAACUCCUUUGUAUGAGACCAUUGGUCUGGAGAGUGAGAUUAACCUGGCUGUCAGCAAGCUGAAAGAGUGGGCAGCUCCUCGGCCAGUGGCCAAGAACCUUCUGACCAUCUCAGAUCAGGUCUACAUCCAGCCUGAACCUUUGGGAGUAGUGCUGGUCAUUGGGGCCUGGAACUACCCCUGGGCUGUCACCAUCCAGCCCCUUAUAGGAGCUAUAGCAGCAGGUAAUGCAGCUGUGGUCAAGCCAUCUGAAGUCAGUGCUCACACUGCCAAAGUAAUGGAGGAUCUCUUACCUUUAUACUUAGAUCAGGAGAUGUACCCUGUCGUCACCGGUGGGGUGACAGAGACCCAACAGCUGCUCAAGCAACGGUUUGAUCACAUCUUCUACACUGGAAAUGGCACAGUGGCUAAAAUCAUCAUGGAGGCAGCAGCUAAAUAUUUAACCCCUGUUACGCUAGAGCUGGGGGGAAAGAGCCCAUGCUACAUUGACAAGAACUGUGACCUCGCUGUUGCCUGCCGACGAAUUACAUGGGGGAAGUACAGUAACUGUGGUCAGACUUGCAUUGCACCAGAUUACAUCCUCUGUGAUCCCAGCAUUCAAGACAGAGUGAUUGAAGAGAUCAAGAAGAAUAUUAAGGAUUUCUAUACUGAGAACCCCCAAAAAUGCCUGGAUUAUGGACGCAUCAUCAACCAGCGGCACUUCAAGAGAGUGAUGGCAAUGCUGGAGGGCUGCACCAUUGCUGUGGGGGGAGAAAAUGACAUGUCCGAUUGCUACAUUGCUCCAACAGUUUUAAGGGAUGUGAAGCCGGAUGCAAAGGUAAUGCAAGACGAGAUCUUUGGGCCUUUGUUGCCCAUCCUGACUGUGAGCAGUGCAGAUGAAGCUAUCAAAUUCAUCAACCAAAGAGAGAAACCCCUUGCACUCUACAUCUUCUCUUCAGAUAACAAGCUGAUUAAGCAAAUGAUUGCGGAGACCUCUAGUGGUGGAGUGGUGGCCAAUGACUGCUUGAUGCACUUCUCAGUCAGCUCUUUGCCCUUUGGUGGAGUUGGUAACAGUGGGAUGGGCUGCUAUCAUGGCAAGUUCAGCUUUGAUCAGUUGAGCCACCUGCGCGGCUGUCUUAUCAAACAGCUGAAGAUGGAGGCAGUAAAUAAAAUGCGUUACCCACCACAUACAGCAGAUAAGCUGGGCUGGGCGCGCUUUUUCAUACUCAAACAGGUCGACUUUGGUAGUCUGAGCCGCAUGGCACUGCUGGCUCUGCUGGCAGUCUUUUUUGCAGUGAUUUUACAGAGAUACUAUACUGACUAAGAAUGUGAAAUAAUAUGCAGAAAGUGUACCUCCAGCCUGAAGACACUCAGCCACACAAGACCUUGAUUGGAUAGUGGGCCGACUCCAGCUGAAAUGCUGCUUCCCUCUUUUGCCUUACUUGUAAUAUCAUAGGUCUUAAAACUGGCCAAGAUUUAUUUAAACCAUUUUGACGAUGCUGCCUUUCUCAGAAGUAAUUGAAACUAAAAUAUAUCAUUUCAAUGAAGCUAAUUCUAAUUGAUGUGACAUUUGCUUUAUCUGGAGAACUUUAAUCAGUGUUUAUUUUAGUGAACACUCUUUAUAUGUAGCUAAAAUAAACAUUUCGAUCCCAUCUUUGGAGAUGUUUUUAAAUGAAGACCUCACAGAAUAGUUUUUACGAUUUUUAUAUUUUGAAAUAUACCCUUCAAGGGGUAGUUCACCCAAACAUUAACAUGCUGUCAUCAUUUACUGAAUGUUAGUCUCAGUUACUAUUCACUUUCAUUGUUUCUUUUUUUUCCCCAUACUGUGAAAGAAAAUUGUUACUGAGGCUGUCAUUCUGCCUAACAUCUUUAGACUGAUCUCACAGUGAAAUCAGAAACAACAGGUUACAUUUCUGUAGCUGAAAUUGGUCUGUGCUUACCGAAAUGCAAAACAUGUUGUUGGCGGUGUAUGGGCAAGUUUGAGCCCAUUUUCCAAAAUGUACCUUUUUGGACAUUUGAAUAGACUCUACUAUAUAAACCUAUUGACAGCAUCUAAAGCAAAAACGCAUUUAUGUAUGUACAGCUUGUGCGUUACGUACUGUUCGAGAGGAAAAUUGAUUGCAUCAUAUUGUGAUCAGUGAAAGUGGCCUGUAGCAUCAUGCAAAUGAGUCCUCUGCAGACUGGUCGGAAAUCAAAUUCCUGGAACACUUUCUGCACAAAUUCCUACAAAUACUAAUGAGAUCAGGUUUGCAGUUUGUUUGAUCCAUUAUACCACAGACGUUAUUGGGACCCAGUCAGUGUUACUUAUGAAGAAUUGUUUAAUUGUGUCAUAUUAAGAAAUAUUAAAAUAUUGAAUAGAAAAACACCCUUAAUGUUACUGAGAAAAGGGUCUUUAAACUUAAAUGUUUGGAAAACACAUAAACUAGAUGACAUGCACAGGCAGCCAAAAAUAAUAGUUUGUAAUAAUGUACAGAAAUUGGUACUUUCAUUCACCAAAGUGGCAUUCAACUGAUCACAAUGUAUCAUCAUGACAUUAAUAACGUGAAAAAUUACAAUUUCAAAAAACUUUCAGAUCUUCUCAUCCAAAAAUUCUCCACGUGCAGCUAUGACAGCUUUGCAGAUCCUUGGCAUUCUAGCUGUCAGUUUGUCCAGAUACUCAGGUGACAUUUCACCCCACACUUCCUGUAGCACUUGCCAUAGAUCUGGCAUAGAUGUCUUGUCGGGCACUUCUCACGCACCUUACAGUGUACUGAUCCCACAAAUGCUCAAUGGGUUUAAGAUCCAUAACACUCUUUUCCAAUUAAAUGUUGUACAAUGUCUGUUUCUUUGCCCACUCUAAACUUUUAUUUUUUAUUUCUGUUUCUAAAGUGGCUUUUUCUUUGCAAUUCUUCCCAUAAGACCUGCACCCCUGAGUCUUCUCUUUACUGUUGUUCAUGAAACUAGUGUUGAGUGGGUAGAAUUCAAUGAAGCUGUCAGCUGAGGACAUGUGAGGUGUCUAUUUCUCAAACUAGAGACUCUGAUGUACUUAUCCUCUUGUUUAGUUGUACAUCUGGCCUUCCACAUCUCUUUCUGUCCUUGUUCGAGCAGUUGUCCUUUGUCUUUGAAGACUGUAGUGUACACCUUUAGUAUGAAAUCUUCAGUUUUUUGGCCAUUUCAAGCAUUGUAAAGCCUUAAUUCCUCAAAACAAUGAUUGACUGAUGAGUCAAUGAGAGAAAGCUGUUUCUUUUUUUGCCUUUUUUUUUACCUAAUAUUGACCUUGCCAGACAUUGAGACAUGCCAGUCUAUUGCAUACUGUGGCAACUCAAAAAUAAACACAAAGACGAUGUUAAGCUUCAUUUAACAAACCAAAUAGAUUUCAACUGUGUUUGAUUAUAAUGGCAAGUGAUUUUCUAGUACCACAUUAGCAAUUUAUUAUGAUUACUCAAAGAUAAGGUGUUGGAAUGAUGGCUGCUGGAAAUGGGUCCUGUCUAGGUUUUAUAAAAAAUUACUUUUUCAAAUAGUGUUGGUGGUGUUUUUUUACAUCAGUAAUGUCCUGACAUUACUUUGUGAUCAGUUGAAUGCCACAUUGGUGAAUUAAAAUAGCAAUUUCAUUCCGAAACAGCAAAAUCUGCACAUUACUCAAAACUUUUGGCCGCCAGUGUAAUGUAUGUAAUAUGUAAUAUGUUUGGUUUGGAUAGCUUCUUAUUCCUACAAUAUAAGGGACCAUGUUCACUCUAAUAAUACAGUAUAUGCUGACAAUCAUAUAUUGUCACUGUCAUAUUGGAAAUUUGUAUGCAUUGAGGACCUGAAGGCUCCUUUAGACCUAACAUUUGUGUCUAAUAAUAAAGUCAAAGUAUAAGAGAAAUUUAUGACAAACAGAAAUAAUUUUUAAUAGUACAAUAAACAUGUUUUUACACAGCCAUAUUUGGGUUUUCUGAUUUAAUUGUG